AUGAAAACUCUAAUUGUAGUCGACGUCCAGAACGAUUUCCUGCCACCAAAGGGUUCUUUGGCCGUUCCACACGGGGACGAAGUGAUCGACCCCAUCAUUGAGCUGAUCAACGACCCAGCACAGGACUGGCACAGGGUUGUGUUCACGAAGGACUGGCAUCCAAAGAAGCACACCUCCUUUGCGAUCACGCACAACCAGCCGGAGUUUUCAAAGUACACGUAUAAGUCCCCCCGGUUCGGCGACCUGACCACCCAGGAGGGCACGCUGUGGCCUGUCCACUGUGUGCAGAACACAUGGGGCGCACAGAUCACCAACAAACUGAUGAAGGAGGUAUCGAAGCACCACUUCAAGAUCGUCGAUAAGGGGUUUUUGAGGGAUAGGGAGUACUACUCCGCGUUCCACGAUAUCUGGAAAUUCCACAGGACAGACCUAGACGACUACCUGAGAAAGCAUCACACCACGGAAGUGUACAUCGUCGGGCUUGCCCUCGAUUUCUGUGUCAAAUGCACAGCCAUCAGCGCAGCAGAGCUCGGCUACAAGACUACGAUCUUGAAGGACUACACCCGCGCCAUCAACACAGACGACGAGUCAAUGGCCAAGCUGGAAAAAGAACUGCAGGAAAACGAUGUCGCGCUUGUCUAA